CGCAUGUAUGCGUAUGUACAGGUAAACAGACAAAAUUGGAUGGCCCAAAAUGAAAGCAAACGUAGCCCAAAGUCUACAUGGGCCGGAGAUAUAUAUUCCCAAAGCUCGGCCGAAACAAGCACCUUUCACCUGCUUCGGGUUCGGAUCUUGAUGCCUCGUAAUCGGAUCCUCCGAUACUCCUCAACUUAAACCACGAUCCUUCCUCUCCCCUCCUUCGCGCCCCGAAGAAACGAAAUGGAAGCGGCGGAGGCGGCCGAGAUUCUGGAUCUCUUCGAGCUCUCCUUCUCCGACCUCCUCGUCCUCUCCUCAUCCGACGACGACGACGACGACGACGACGACGACGACGAUGACGAGGAGAGGCUACGCCUCGCUUCGAUCUCCGCCGCGGUGAUGCGAAUCCUAGGCCCCUCGGGACCCGGCCUCUUAUCGAUCUCGGGGGUCCCCAAAACCUGCGCUCUUCGCCGCUCCCUCCUCCCCUUCGCUCGAGACCUCGCGCUUCUAAGCAACAAGGAUCGCGCCCAUGUCCUUAAGAAGCAUGGGCUGGGCAGUGAUGUUCCUUUAAAGAACCUCGAUAGGAUCGUCUCCUCGUUCGCCAUGUUGUUACGAUAUGGGGAAGAACCCAGUGUUGAAAUGUCUUCAAGCGAGCAUCACAGCAGGGAGAAAAACAGUGAUGAAAUGGAUGAAAGUGCAACAGAUCAUCAGUUAGGGGAGUUUAAUUAUCACAAGUUUGAGCAACUUGGGGACACAUUUAGGGAACUAGGUCUUUGCAUGAUGGGACUUGGAGUUCAUCUUGCGCGAAUUUGCGACAAGGCCAUUGGUAGCAAUGAGCUAGAGGAGAGCAUUAUCCAGUCGGGGAGUGCGAAGGGGCGGCUUAUUCACUACCACUCAAUGUUGGAUAACUAUAUUCUUAAACAUAUCAACAGAAGCUCAAAGGCAUCCUCAAAGAAAGUCAGACCAAUGCAACUCUGUCCUACUGUUUCGCAUGGGCGUACAUCAUCACGGAACUCUCUUGCUGGAUCAGGAGGCGAGUGUACAAAUGACCGUACAAAGUCUAAGAAAUACUGUGCGAAAAACCAAUUGACUCAAAAUGGGUUGAGUAAAACCUCCUUCUCCAAUUUGUGGCAACAGUGGCAUUGCGAUUAUGGAACCUUCACUGUUUUGACAGCACCAUUAUUUUUGUCAUCUUUUGUAGAAGAAGAUUGUUCCAGUGCCUCAGUCAGUAAGGAGUGCCCCUCUCCAGAUGGGCAUACUUACUUGCAGUUAUAUGGUACUAAGAAUAAGAAGAUCUAUGUGGUGAAAUCACCCCCUGAGAAUAUCAUCAUUCAAGUUGGGGAAGCAGCUGACAUAUUGUCAAGAGGUAAACUGCGAUCAACACUUCAUUCUGUGGGCAGACCUAUAAGAAUAGAAAACAUAAGUCGGGAAACAUUUGUUGUUUUUUUACAGCCUGCUUGGGACAAAAUUUUAUCUUGCCGUGGGUACUCCGUAGACACUGGAGUGAGUGAUAAGGAGUCAGCAUCAAAUGUUGCAGUUGAUUCUUGUAGCAAACAAGAUUUGCUUCUGAGUUCUGAUGCAUUAAGAACCAGGCAGCCACAUAUGUUGAUGCAAGAAAUCCUUGAAAAGAUUCCGCCUUUGUCCUCUCGGUUUAGAGACGGGAUGACAUUUGCAGAAUUUUCACGUGAAACUACAAAGCAAUACUACAGUACAAGUGGUACCCAGUCUAGAAGGAAGUGAAUUUUCAAUUGUGAAACUCUUUGUGGAUUUCAGUAAUAUCAUUGAAUCAAUUUAAUGUUCAUUAUGUUUUUUGAA